CUAAUCCCUGGGUGAGGGUGGUUGGAUGAGGUAGCCCCUCACUUUCUCCUGUGAUCUUUCUGGGAGGUGAGGCUUUGAUCUGAGAGGGGUGGCUUCAGGUCAUCAGAGGCAAAAGAGCCCAGUUGCUACCAGGUAAGGAACCUGAAUGAGAACCGAGGGGACCAUCCAGCUCAAAACCAAGGCAGCUACAGAGAGUCUGACCCGCCCUGCCCUACCAUGAGCCAUGGAAAGCCUUGAGCUGAGUUGGAUGGCUGCCCUCAAAGGGGUCUUCUCAUUUACUCCUUCAGGUUGUUAUGGGGAAUCUGACUAGGAGGGCGGGAGACCUGUGAGACCCUAGAACAGUAUCCCUCAAGAGAAGCUUGGUGGAGAAAGCCUUUGUCAGAGAUGCCACAUUUUAGUUUACCAGCUGAGUUGGCCCACAUAUUUCCUCUCCCCUUUAGGCUGUGGGCCUCCUCUCCCACAUCUCCUGCCCAGACUCUUUUGUCUGCUACCACCCACACAAGUCAUCAUGCCUAGCAGAAAGGAGAGCCCCCGCAUCCCUCCUGAGGAACACCUUCAUAUCUGCAGUGAGGCUGAGGGACUGGAUGAUGAACUGCUCCUCGAGGUUGAGGAGGAGACCUCUUCUUCCUCCUCCUCUUCUCCAACUCCCAGCAACCUGGAGGAGGAUACCACUGCAGAGAUACCCAGUAGUGCUCAGGAUUCCCAGAGUGAGUACGCCUCUUCCACUGCCCUCUCAGCCAGCUCAGAGGGCACAUCUGAUGAAGACUCCAGCAGCGAAGAAGAUGAGGAGACUUCACGUACCUCAGAGUCUCCACUGGACAUUGAAAACUUGCCCAGAAACCCUGUAGAGGAGAAGGUGGCUAUGUUGGUGAAUUUUCUGCUGUUCAAGUAUCAAAUAAAAGAGCCAGUCACAAAAGCAGACAUGCUGGAUACUGUCAUCAAAGAGUAUGAAGAUCACUUCACUGAGAUCCUACUGAAAGCCUCUGAGCGCAUAGAGAUGGUAUUUGGCCUUGAUGUGAAGGAAGUAGACCCCGUCAGCCACUGCUAUGUCCUCCUCAUUAAACUGGACCUCACCUAUGAUGGGAUGCUGAUUGAAACAGAAGGCAUGCCGAAGUCUGGCCUCCUGAUUCUUAUCUUGGGCGUGAUCUUCAUGAAGGGCAACCGCAUCACUGAGGAGGAAAUCUGGGAAGUGCUGAAUACGAUGGACAUAUAUGCUGGGCGGAAGCACUUCAUCUUUGGGGAACCUGGUAAUUUAGUCACCAAAGAGCUGGUGCAGGAAAAGUACCUGGAGUACCGGCAGCUGCCUGACAGUGAUCCUCCACGCUACGAGUUCCUGUGGGGUCCAAGAGCCCAUGCAGAAAUCAGCAAGAUGAAACUCCUGGAGUUUUUGGCCAGGGUCCAUGGGGUUGACCCACCUUCUUUCUCACAGCAGUACAGAGAGGCUUUGAAAGAAGAGGAAGAAAAAGCUCAAGCCGGAGCUUCAGCCAGCUCUGGUGCUACCGCCACGGCCAUGGAGAGUUCCAGUGGCACCUCCAGCAGCUGCUCCCACCCCUAG